GCCAGGUGUACUUGCCUUCUCUGGACGUAAUGGGUGGAGCUUGAAGGUCCAGCCACACCCUAACCCUAUCCCUAAAACUAAUUAGGUUAAGCUCCACCCAUUGGGUCCAGAGAUGGGGAGCUGGACAACCAGUAGGUGUGCCCGACUUGAAGCACACGGCUCUCGUGACACUUUUGGUCUGGCAGCGCUGCUUCAUGUCAAGCACACCUAAUGGCUCUGCAGUGAGAAGCCUCUGUGAAGCACCUAUACACAUGCCUGAUACACAAUCAAGGUGCACAAGCUCCCUAAAACCCUCUUAUUUACUGACACGUAGAUCAUAUUACAGACAUUGUGAAAUAAUCAUCUACCACACAGUAAACCACAAUGUCCUCAGGUACUAUGAAGAGCUUAAUUAAAAGUGCAAAAGCAUUUCAUUUGUGGUUAAAUCCAAGGCAGGGCUUGUAACAUCACAUCUCUGGAAGAUUGUUUACUGAACACUGCAGUGAAGGGAAAUAUAUUCACAUAGAAAGAACAGCAGUAGUGACUUACCAAAGGAAUAGAGAAAUAGAGAGAAAAAAAAUGACAUCAACCUUCAUUCUUCUGUUCUUCUUUCAGUGUUGCUGUGUCUCAGGACAGUUUGUGUUAAGAUAUAACUUCAGUCCUCUGGCUGACCUGGCAUUGAAGGUUUCUGUUGAUGAAGUGAACAGGCAGUCCAGCAGUUUCAACCUGCAAAGGCCAACUAGCAGAGUGGUCCAACAGAUCACACUGGUACGUGACAAUACGUAUGAUAUCCUGCUUGAUUUCGGAAUAAAGGAGACAGUCUGUCUGAAAUUCGCCAGGAGAUCAUACAUGGAUAGUUGCCUUUUCAAACGUGGACGUUUUGCGUCUCAGGAAUCGUGUUCGAGUCUUGUGCGUGUUGGCAGCAUGUCUGUAGCUCCUCUGGGCAUCAGUUGUAUUGCUGAUACAGCUGCACUUGGGUCCAGCUCAGAGUCCAGCAGUGAAGAGGUCAUCAUCCGGGGCACAGGACAGACUCCACUGGGCUUUUUCUCUCCAGGAAUAAUUCUAUGUCAAGGAGAGUUGGACUGUUCCAGAUUACUGCUUUGAUUUCAUAUAACGUGAUUAAAACAGACAGACCCCCAGUUGAUGCUUCAAAUUAAGCAAUUAUUUCUCUGUGUACAUUUCUGUGGUAAACUCAUGAACUAUCGGUUAUGAAAUGAAAUGCUUAGUGGUUAAUUGCUGUGGUAUAGCUGUAAUCUCUUGAGAAACAUUCUUUUACAGUUUAAUCACUCACAUAAACUUAUGCAACACUUAAGUGUAUAUUUUAAAACUGUAUACAUGCAUUAUAAAGAGUUUAUUGUCCAUAUCAUUGUUAUUCAUUGUAAAUCAGAGGAUUUACCAUAAUAAACUUUUAAUUGUAUGAUAAAGUCCCAUC